AUGACCAGUCUACUAAAACUGAGUCUGCUGGCGAGUGUCGCUGUAUCUGCGGCGAGUGGUGACGUCCACGCUCUUACUGCACGCUCCGAUGCUCCAGCAUGUCCUAAUGCAGCUUCUACUUUGUCACUUAGUGACCCGCCCUACGACAACUUCUUCUACUCAGACUGCAACGUCGCCGCACAGGCUGUGAUUACCAGCCCACUACCAGACAGCGAUCUCUCGAUUAUUAGUCCUCGACUCAUCGUGGCAUGGCCUGCCGGUGACAGCGGUGCCUGUGCAUUCUUUGCGCCUCAAAGUGGCGUCAAUGGAUCUCUCUCCAUUGAACUGAUCAACUCUACCGAUAACCAGCCCUUGACUCCCGUCUACACUGCCCCUUCGGACGGAAAUCAGUACCCCAGUGUGGGUGUACAGGGAAUUCUGCGCUUCAAUUCCUCAGGGAUACUCACGAUUCCCAUCUUGGGAAGUAUUCGUACAAUCCGAGAUUUCACCGAGGGUCCUAGCAUUCUCUAUCCAGAGAUCCAGAACGCUAUCAAAUUUACUUCAGAUAAUGAUAGUAGCGCCACGCUCCAACGACUUUGGUUAGACAAUACCACGUCAACACUGCUACGCUUCAGCCCCAAUAGUACCGAUGGCAAAGUGACUAUAUCUAACAAGACUGUCAAUUUCUCGGCGGGCGACUACCUCUUCACAGCGGAGAUGAACUACCCACAGUUAUCUCAGCUCAAAGCAAGUGCAGCAUUGAAUAGUAAAUCGGCAGACUUGACCACACAAAUGCCAGACCAGACAACCGCGCUCUCCUUCCUGGCAUACUCGGAGAAGCUCCUUGCAGGUGCAUGGCGAUUUUUGACGUACUUCGGGCGCGACUCGAUGAUUUCGGCAUUGCUCUUGGAGCCUGUGCUCAGUAGUGGAAAUGGUAGCUCUAUGGAGGCAGUUAUCGGUGCUGUUUUAGAGAGGAUCAAUCGUACGGAUGGAAGUGUUUGUCAUGAGGAGACGAUUGGUGACUAUGCAACUUGGACAAAUAUUCAAGAUAACAUAACCAGCAAUGCUAUGAUUGACUCGGACUACUAUCUGCCUGUUUUGAUGGAGAAAUACUUCUUGCAAAACCCAGUUGGACAAGAGAGAGUUUCUGCAUUCUUCAACACAUCGUCGGAUAUCAACGAAGCGAACCAGAACUUGACCUGGGGACAGCUCGCAACAAUAAACGCAGUCAGGAUUAUGCGUCUUACAGGACCCUUUGCCCACAAGCAGAUCAAAGAAAAUCUUAUCCAUCUGAAAGACGGACAGACCGUGGGAGAAUGGAGAGAUAGCGAAUACGGUAUCGGAGGUGGCCGUAUUCCCUACGAUGUAAAUACAGCCCUCGUACCCGCAGCGCUACGCUCCAUCGCCGCCCUCUCUCGAAACGGGAUCUAUCCCAGACACCAAAACUGGGCCCAAUUGGCAGAUACCUACGCUCAGGUCUGGGAAGACCAGACACUCCCCUUCUUCGAAGUAACAAUACCGCAAGAAAAAGCACAAUCUCUCGUCAAAUCUUACGCCAAUAACUCAUUCGCAGGUCCGGACCAGUCCUCAACCAUCGACACAGACGUUGUUUUCCAUGCCCUAUCCCUGAAUGGCAACGACAACCUAACUCAAGUCCAAGUCAUGAACACUGACGAUUGUUUCCGCCAUUUCCUCCUAAACACAACAAAUGACGCCCAACUCACUUCGUUCCUCAAUAACUCUGCUACUAACAUCCGCCGCACAUUCCCAGCUGGCCUAAUGACUUCCGCCGGUAUGGUAGUAGCCAAUCCAGCCUUCGGCGAGGAUCCCGUCUAUGCGCAGAACUGGACUACAGGCGCAUACCACGGCACGGUCAUCUGGUCUUGGCCACUGGCGAUGAUGGCUAAGGGCUUAGAGAUGCAAUUAGGUCGGUGCGAGGUCACAACCAACUUUUCGAUUUCUUCCGUGAACAAGGCUCCGAUGCGUGUACCUGAUUUCUGUACCGAUGACUCAGUCUAUGGGAAUGUGAAGGAGGCAUAUAAUGUUCUUUGGGAAUCCAUUGAGGGUGUCCAUGAUCAGCUUUCGCAGGAAGUCUGGUCGUGGGUUUAUCGUGAUGGUGGGUUCCAAGUUACUCCACUGGGUGUUAUUCCACCGCCUGGAGGCGGGAGCCAGACUGAAUCCGAUAUUCGGCAACUUUGGUCACUUUCUUUCCUUGCUGUGACUAGAAAUGCGAAUUAUAAGUAG